AUGCCAAUCACGCCAAAGCAAGCAUGGGCAGAGCUAACUAAGCUGAAAUUGUUGGGUCCGACUGGUACUUCACCUGGUAUAUUCAUUGUUGAUGAAUCCCCAUUUCAACAUGAAGAAGGAGCUGCUUCCGCAAAGUCUGAAUAUGAUUUCAUAGUCGGACGAAUAUUUCCAAGUUCCAAUAUCUACAAAGAAGGCGCCUAUCGACUUGAAAUGAAAUUUGCACCCGGAUAUCCAUUCAGACCACCGCAAGUGCGCUUUACUACACCUAUCUAUCAUCCGAAUGUUGAUAAAGAUGGCUUAGUUUGCAUCCCGAUCGUGAUCCAGACGGAAGAGUGGAAGGCGAAUACAUCUUUGGCCGAUGUGGUCAAAGCUAUCGUUGAUGUUAUUGAUAAUCCUAAACCAGAAUAUAUACAAAGAGUAUAUGAACAAUAG